CCUUGCUGGAAUACGCUCGUACACAUUAACAAAUCCAGACUCGUUCUAUUACCUGGCCAGCUCUUGCUCUACUCCAGAGCUGGGAAUCAUGUUGGUCGCAAUAGGGGCUUGCUAUCUGGACACUAUCCUGACAACACAGUAUUAUCCGGGAGAAGAUGAAAAAUUACGAGCAACCAAUGUUACUCGUCGGAGGGGUGGCAACUGCCCGAACAUGCUCGAAGUACUGCAGCAAUUGACAUUCCACGAAUCAACGGUUGAAGAGCUUCCAUUAGCCUUGAUCACAAUCUUGCCUGCCAAAUCAUCAAUAGCCUCCCAGCAGAUCAAAUCUGCAUUUGGAACACGCGUCAACUUGGACCAUUGCAUCUACCGAGAGGAAUUUGAAGAGCCAGCUUCAUGCUACAUCAUUAAAAGCCAGUCCACUGGCAGCCGCACCAUCGUCAACUAUAACAGUCUCACUGAGAUGACCCUGGAAGAAUUCACUGGGGUAGCCAAUGAGCUUGGUCCCAAAGCCAGGUGGUUCCAUUUUGAGGGUCGAACGCCUGAAAUCACCUUGCAGUUUAUCCAUUAUCUACGAAAAAACUAUCCUUCCUUGAAAGUGAGCGUCGAGAUUGAAAAGCCUGGCCGGCAGGGUCUUCAGGAACUCGCCGAGGAGGCCGAUGUGGUGUUCUACUCGAAGAUCUGGGCCAAGGAUCUUGGAUAUAGAACGGCAGAAAUGUGCUUGCGAGAGCAGUCUACACGCGUACACAAGGCAUCGUUGCUAUGUUGUACUUGGGGCGAGGCGGGAGCCAGUGCCCUGGAACCAAACACAGGAAACUUCGUGAACGUGGCAGCUUAUACAACAGAGAAUUUUCAAGUCAUCGAUCCGAUUGGAGCUGGUGAUACAUUCAUUGCAGGAAUGCUGUAUGCUUUGAAUUGCAAAGGCAAGGACUGGGAUCUCUCAAAAAAGCUUGCAUUUGCGAACCGGGUUGCGGGCAUGAAGGUGUCCCAGGAGGGGUUCGCGGGUCUAGACCGUGCAUUGGCAUCCUUUGUCUAAGCAUGAUUCAAUAUGUAGGAUUAUUUUUGGUACGUCACCAAUUCGUGUCAAUAUUAGUCGAAGAAUGGGCAGAAAUAUUUCCUGCAUGUGAAUGUUUAUCUCCUCUGGGACGAGGACCAACUGGAUGUGCCGGUGUGGAGCGGAUGUUAAAGGGGCGACAACACCACGUGACCUCAAAUCGUUGCGGGCCUGGCGG